GUGAAAAUCAAGAACUCUCUGGGGUCGACAAGAACUACAAGGGUUUUUCUGAGCCUCUUGGCACAAACCUUUCCAACAUCUUCGGCUGUCCCAAAAACACCAACCAAAAAGGAUGUGAACUCGGCCCAACACAAAGGCAAGAAGCCGGUUCAAUCAUAUGAGACUUCAUGGUCUCAAAGUCGCCAAAGGACUACUAAAGACAGAACCUCCAAUCGGAAAAAGACUGUGGAGACGGGGGAAAGCCAGUCGGAGCCUACUUGGGACACGAAAUCCACGUCCCCCUCAGUAUUCCAACGGUCGAAGGCCACACCCGACCUAAGC